AUGGCGCCACAACGGCUCAAUGUUCUCGUCUACACAGGCACCGGCACGACUGGCGAGUCGGUCCGCCAUGCCAUGUACUCGCUGCGGCGGCUGCUCUCGCCCAACUACGCCGUCAUCCCCGUCAGCGAGGCCGUGCUCCUCAAUGAACCCUGGCCGUCGACGUGCGCACUGCUCGUCAUCCCCGGCGGCGGUGACCUCGGCUACUGCCGCGUGCUCAACGGCGAGGGCAAUCGGCGCAUCGCCGACUUUGUCAGCCGCGGCGGCGCCUACCUCGGUCUCUGCGCCGGCGGCUACUACGGCGCCCGCCGCUGCGAGUUUGAGGUCGGCAACGCCCCGCUCGAGGUCAUUGGCCCCCGCGAGCUCGCCUUCUUCCCGGGGACGUGCCGCGGCGGCGCCUUUCGAGGCUUCGAGUACGCGAGCGAAAGAGGGGCGCGCGCAGCCCGUCUACGCCUCGAGAGCGACCUCGUGCUGGAUACGCUGCCGACGGAAAUGGCGUGCUACUACAACGGAGGCGGCGUCUUUGUGGAUGCGAAGGAGUGGAAAGGGAAGAAGGUAGAGGUGCUGGCAGAGUACUGCGAUGAGCUGGAUGUCGAGGGCGGCAAGGCCGCGAUUAUCCAGUGCAGCGUCGGCGAAGGCAGGGUCAUUCUCUGCGGGAUGCAUCCAGAAUUCGCCGCUCAGAACCUGCACCGCCAGCCCGACAUUCCUGGCUACGACGAGCUCAUAGCCAGCCUCGCGCGUGACGAGCGCACGCGCGCCGGUUUCCUGGGUCUUCUCCUCGCGCGUCUCGGCCUCGAGGUCGACAGUCAGGGCGGCGCGGCGCCGCCGGUCCUCACCAGCCUUCACCUGUCCGCCGCGGACACCGCCACGGUCAGCGAGCUCCUUUACGCGUGGCAGGACGUCAUUGACAGGGAACACGGGCAAGACCUCAUUAAGAGCGAGGCCGACACAUUCCGCCUCCGCAGCAAGGACGACGCGGCCUGGAAUCUCAAAGAUUUAAACGAGGCGCUGACCGGGGCGCCCGCCGCCGCCGCGCCGGCACUCGACGCGCACGGCGUGCCCGACUACAAGGCCGUGACCAAGGACAUUGUGGCGCACGAGCAGCAACUGCCGGACGAGAAGCUCACGCCGCGCUUCAACCACCGACUCUUCUUUUCGAGCCUGCAGCAGUUUCAGGCCAUCGAGAGCGAUGCCAGAGAAUGGGGCAAUGCUCUUCUUUACGGUGAUGUCGUCACGAGCACAAAUGUACUCCUUGAAAAAAAUCCCAAACUGAUUGCAAAGCUGCCUUCUGGCUUUACGUUUACCGCCUCCACACAGCUCGCCGGCCGCGGCCGCGGAUCCAACGUCUGGGUUGCGCCGCCCGGAUCCCUUCUUUUCUCCGUCAUUAUCAACCAUCCUGCCAACCUCGCCGCGUCUCGACCUGUCGUUUUUAUCCAAUAUAUUGCCGCCAUUGCCGUUGUUGAAGCGAUUAAGUCCUAUGGCCGCGGCUACGAGAACCUACAAGUCAAGCUCAAAUGGCCCAACGACAUUUAUGCGCUGGACCCAAGCAAGCCGGCAUCGGAAAAAUCCUACGUCAAAAUCGGAGGCAUCCUCUCCCAGUGCGGCUACUACGACGGCAGCUACCAGAUCAUCCUGGGCAUCGGCAUCAACGCCGUAAACCCGCGCCCUACGACGUCCAUCUCGGACAUGCUCGGCGAGGGCGCCGCGCCGCUGCACCUUGAGACCAUGCUCGCGCGCAUCCUGACGCGCCUCGAAGCCACGUACGCCCAAUUCCGCCGCGAGGGCUUCUCCGCCAACCUCGAGUCGCGGUACUAUCGCCACUGGCUGCACACGGGCCAGGACAUUACUCUCGAGGCCGAGGCUGGCGCCAGGGCGAGGGUCGUGGGUAUCACGCGGGACUGGGGCAUGCUUCGCGUGGAGGAGACGGACAGAGAUGGCCGGGCGACGGGGCGCAUGUGGUCGCUGCAAAGCGACGAAAACAGUUUUGACUACUGGAAGGGUCUGGUACGAAGGAAAGAGUGA